UAACAUUCGUGAAAUGCAAUGCAGAGGCCAGAGACCUUGAUCUUAUAAAGUUAAAAUAACUAGUAAAAGGCCAAAAUUAACCCCCCUCCCAUACGCAUACAUACAAUUACCACAAAAAGGUCAGUCAGGUCAACAGAACAAAACUAAUUUGCCUCGUUUCCACGAACGGGGUUGAUUCUGGAUUGUUCAGUUGUUUGAUUUCAGAUCAUUAUACCCAAUACCAAAACUAACCAGAAUGAUAUCUCUUAAAUCUUACGAGGCAUAUGGUUUGCAUGUUUUAUGAUCUUUACGACAUCCUAGUGUGAGAGUUCAGCUGAAUAUAAUCAUAUCUGUGCAUACAUAUCGGAAUGGCUGAUGGGGUGUCAAGUUUCUGGGGUCCUGUCACAUCUACUAUUGAGUGCUGUGAGAAGAAUUAUGCCUACUCCUCUUAUAUUGCAGAGUUUUAUAACACCAUUUCAAAUAUCCCGACUGUUCUUUUGGCUCUCAUUGGUCUUAUAAAUGCCUUGAGACAACGGUUUGAGAAGAGAUUCAGUGUUCUUCAUAUAUCUAACAUGAUACUUGCUAUUGGAAGCAUGUUAUACCAUGCCACACUGCAACGUGUGCAACAACAGAGUGAUGAGACACCUAUGGUCUGGGAGAUGCUUUUAUACAUGUAUAUCCUGUAUUCACCAGAUUGGCACUAUCGCAGUACGAUGCCCACCUUCCUCUUCCUCUAUGGUGCUCUUUUUGCAGUUGUCCAUUCAGUGUUUCGGUUUGGCAUUGGCUUCAAGGUGCAUUAUGUGAUCCUCUGUCUUCUCUGCAUCCCUCGGAUGUACAAGUACUAUAUUUAUACACCAGAUACAGCUGCUAAGCGGCUUGCAAAGCUAUACGUGGUAAGCAUUUUCCUUGGUAGCUUGUGUUGGCUCUUUGAUCGUGUCUUUUGCAGAGAGGUAUCUCAUUGGCCUAUCAACCCACAAGGUCAUGCCUUGUGGCACGUCUUCAUGGGGUUUAAUUCUUAUUUUGCAAACACAUUCUUGAUGUUUUGCCGGGCACAGCAACGAGGAUGGGCUCCAAAGAUUGUCCACUUCAUGGGGAUUUUGCCCUAUGUCAAGAUUGAGAAACCAAAAUCCCAGUAACAGAAACUGAAGAGUAAAACAAUGAAACUAUAGUUUCCGUUGACAUUAAAGGUGCAGGAGAGUUUUGGCUGGCAAUUAACAAACAGAGACUCUGAAAUUUUGCUGAUGAAGAUGGAUCUAAAAGAUGAUUAAAUAUUGAAAUUUUAUGUAGAAUAUCAUUAAAGUUUUCACUGUGAAAGUAAACUUGUACUAUAUUUUUGUUUGCUGGAGUCAUCAAAUAGAUUUUAUAUUUCUUGAUAGUUAGGCUUAUUUUGGCUUUAGAAAGUAACAAUGCAGCAAUUAAUUUGUUCAAUUAUGGAAUUCGAUGGGAAUCAUGAAUUUUGAUUUCGCAA